UCUCAUAUUUUGGUACUUCUUCAAGUCAAUAACUAAAAAAAUCUAGAAAUGUUCCUACGCUUCCUGCUGCUUGCCAGCAUGUAUCUCUCCUUUCGCUGAGUUCGUAGUAAGUACUUGACAGAAGAAAUUGCAACCAAGUGAAUUAAAAUGGGAAGAGCUCCAUGUUGCUCUAAAGUUGGUCUGUAUAGAGGUCCAUGGACUACUAAAGAAGACACAUUGCUCAUUAACUAUAUCCAGGCACAUGGUGAAGGUCAUUGGAGGUCUUUGCCUAAGAAAGCUGGGUUACUUAGAUGUGGGAAGAGUUGCAGGCUAAGAUGGAUGAACUACCUUCGGCCUGAUAUCAAGAGAGGGAACAUCACUCCUGAUGAGGAUGACCUUAUCAUCCGUCUGCAUUCUCUUCUUGGCAACCGUUGGUCUCUCAUUGCGGGAAGGUUGCCAGGCCGAACUGACAAUGAGAUCAAGAACUACUGGAACUCUCACCUUAGCAAAAGACUCAAGAACAACACGGCAGGAAAUAAGUCCAAAUGCAUGGGGGAAUCAGCUGGAAAGAGAGGUGACACUAAGGCCAACAACAAAAGGAAGCAAAAGGAGGACAACGAAGGCAUUAGCAGUCGAAAUGGAGAGGCUACUACAAAGACCAAGAUUUAUCUCCCACGGGCAACAAGGGUUUGUACAUCCUCGGUUGCAAAAUAUAUCAAUAAUAUUCAAAGCUUGAUUGGGUCAUCAUCUAGUAACGCAGAGGAUGGCGAUCAUACCAAUUGGGGCAUGUCUGGUCUUAAAGUUGCUAACAAUGGUGGACAAGCUUGGGCUUCCAAUAAUGAAGAAUUUGAUGGUCCAAUUUCUUUACAGAAAGAUAUUAUGUUAGAUGACAUCUUUGAGGAAUACCAGCAACUCCUCAAGGCAGAUGAUCAUGGUCAAUUGGAUUCCUUUGUGGAAUCUCUUUUGGCUUAAUUCGUACAAAUAAAAGGGUGUGCCCUAAUGCUCACUCCUACCUCCCCUCCUUUGCCACCCACUCCUUUUCUUAAUUUCCUGCCGUGUUUUUGCCGUAACACAACGUCGGGUCAGCAUUAAUAUGACGGCCUUAAUUAUUUGUAUCUCUUAUGGGCAAUAAUUAAUAAAACUGCAGUGAUAAAACAUAAGAAUUCAUUACA